AUGGGAAAACAAAAUGAAACCACUGUGAUGGAAUUCAUUCUCUUGGGCUUCCCUGGAUCCUUCUCUUUGCAGAUUUCCAUCUUCAUGUUCUUCUUUCUUGUGUACAUCCUAACAGUCACAGGAAACAUGGCUAUCAUAACCCUUGUGAUGACCAACCACUGGCUCCACACCCCCAUGUACUUUUUUCUCUGCAACCUCUCUUUUCUAGAAAUAUGGUACACAACAGCUUCUGUUCCCAAGACCCUUGCCCUUUUCUUAGGGAAAAGCAGGACUAUCUCCUUCCAUGGCUGCCUCCUGCAGAUGUACUUUAUGUUUUCCUUUGGCUGCACAGAACAUUUCCUCUUGGCUGUCAUGGACCCACUGCGCUAUAGCUCUAUUAUGAACAACACCUUAUCUACUCAGUUGGCCAUUGCAUGUUGGGUGGGUGGUUUCCUGGUUAUCUCAAUAAUAGCAUUUCUAAUUGGCAAGUUGUCCUUCUGUGGUCCUAAUAUCAUUAACAAUUUCUGGUGCAAUAUAGAUUCCUGGAUAAUCCUAUCUUGCACAGAUACACACAUAGUUGAGACAGCAGCUUUCAUCAUCGCAGUGAUUGUCAUCCUUGGCUCAUGUAUAAUUACUCUACUUUCAUACAUCUAUAUCAUCUCUACCAUACUGAGAAUCCCAUCAGCCAAAGGACAACAGAAAGCCUUUUCCACUUGUUCUUCCCAUCUUUCUGUUGUGAUUAUAUGGUAUGGCUCCACCAUUUUUCUUUUUGUCAAGCCGUCUGCCCGGAGUUCAUUGGAACAGACCAAGAUACUCACCAUCCUGAACACUAUUGUGACACCAUUGCUAAAUCCUUUCAUUUAUGCUCUAAGAAACAGGGAGGUGAAGGUAGCCUUGUGCAAUGCCCUGUCAUAG